AAGAAAAAAUUUAAGCAGUCGCAGGGAGGUUCAAGAAAGUUAGCGAUAGUUAGCGGUAGUUAGCGGUAGUUAGCGAUAGUUAAGGAUAGUUUACAAUAGUGUGGGAUCACUUUAUGAUAACUUUUUUUUUUACCUUUUCGUGCGCGCCAAUUUGUGCCAUUUUUAAAGCUUGGGCCUACUCCUAAACUCUGCAUAGAAGCGUUAACAGAUACUUUGAAAACCAUGAAGGGAUUCUGCGCUGACAACAUUUCCUCCCAGAAUUUGAUGAAGUCCUCAGUUCAGAGGAGUAUCAAGGCAACGAUUUUAAAGCAAUACCCCAAAUUGGAAGAUUUCAUUGAAGAUAUAUUUCCCAAAAAGGGGCCCCUCUUUUUAGGAAAAUGCAUAAACCACGUGACUGUAAUUAUUGGGAACAAUGAGUUGCUCUUUUUUCAAAUAAGGAAUGGUCCUUGGAUGCCCAACUUAAAAUUAGUGCACAAAUACCCCUUCAUGAUGCCACAGAUACAAGUUGACAAGGGAGCCAUAAAAAACGUCCUACGUGGGUCGAAUAUAAUGUGUCCAGGAGUUACAUCCCCCGGUGGGAGGCUAGACGACGUGGAAUCAAACACGGUGGUUCAAAUUCGAGCAGAGGACAAGGAAUUCGCGUGUGCCCUAGGAAUAACUACCAUGUCAUCAAAGGAAAUCUUGGAGGUCAACAAAGAUAUCUGCAUUGAAAAUAUACAUUACCUGAAUGAUGGUUUGUGGAAUUGCAAAAUUGAGAAUUAG